AUGCCUAAACUCCUGCAAGGUAUUGUCACUGUCAUCGAAGUUUUCUACCAAUACGCCACUGAGUAUGGGAAAUGUGACAUGCUGAGCCCAAAAGAGAUGAAAGAACUUCUAGAAAAUGAGUUUCGCCAAAUUCUAAAGAAUCCAGAUGAUCCAGACACGGUAGAAAUCAUCAUGCAAAGUCUGGAUCGAGAUCAUAACAACAAAGUGGACUUUACUGAGUAUCUUCUCAUGAUAGUCAAGCUAUCUCAGGCUUGUAACAAAAUUAUUGGCAGAGAUUACUGCCAAGCUUCAGGGUCAAAGCAAAGAAAUCACAGUCACCAGCAACAAAAGGAACAGAGUGAAGAAGAAAACGACGACAAAGAGCAGGAUGCCUCUUCAAGUUCUUCAAGUUUUAGUGCAGGAGAGAAUGAUGCUUAUUCUAGGGAUUCACGAGGAAGAAAUCAACACAAAUCUGAGUCAAAAUGUAGAAAACCAAGGAAUGGGAACCAACAAGGUUCUGAAGAAAGAACAACUUCAAGUCACUUCAAAAACAGUGAGAAAUAUGAACAGGGACAACAUGGAUCAGAAACAACCCACAUGCCUAGGGAGAGCAGAAGAUGUAAUUCAAAGGAAUCUUCUGGCUACCUUCAACAUGGCUCUGGCUCAGGACAGUCGGCUGGCAAGAGUAAAAAGGGUUCUGGCCAACAACAGCACUAUGGUAAUAAAAACCAUGAUAUACAACCAAGAGAAUCAUCAGGUUGUGAAGGAGGGCAGUCAUCAAGGUCCGGGACACAGAACUCAGGAUCAAGCCAGUCAUCUAGCCAGAAGAGAAAUAACUUUGGGUCAGGAGAGUCUUCUAGUGUAGGUGAAUAUGGCGCUUCUUCUGGACAGCGGUCAGGAUCUAUAGGAAAUAGAUCUGGACAAGGACAGUCUUCUGGAAGUACACAUAAUGGCACAACAUCAAGACAGUCAUCAAAGUGGAAGUCACCUUCCUCAGAAAAGCAUGGAUCAACGCAACGUAAUUCAUCAAGCCAAGAAAGGAACAGGUCUAGCUCAAGGGAGUCUUGUGGCUCCCAACAAUCUGGGUCUGGCUCAGGAGGGUCUUCUGGCUUUAGUCAACAUGGAUCUGGGCAAGGUCAGUCUUCUGAUGGUAGCCAACAGGGUUCCUUCUCUGGACAUGGACAACAUGGCUCUGGUUAUACUCAGUCAUCCAGCUAUGGGACACACAACUCAGGGGCAAGUCAGUCUUCUAGCCAGAGUACAAGUGGAUCUAGGUCAGGACAGUCUUGUGGCUUAGGGAAAUAUGGUUCUGCAUCUGGAAACUCUUCUGGCUCUGGUAUGCAAGGAUAUGGACAAGGUCAUUCUUCUCAUAGUACACAGUGUGGUACAUCAUCAAGACAGUCAUUGAGCCAUGAAAGAAACAGGUCUAGCUCAAGGGAGUCUUGUGGCUCCCAACAAUCUGGGUCUGGCUCAGGAGGGACUUCUGGCUUUAAUCAACAUGCAUCUGGCCAAGGUCAGUCUUCUGGUGGUAGCCAACAGGGUUCUUUCUCUGGACAGUCAGGAGGUAGUCAUCAGCACAGCUCUUCCUGUGGUCAUUCCACUAGCCAUGGUCAGCAUGGCACUGGCUUUGGUCAGUCUUCCAGCAGUGGGACACACAAGUCAGGUUCAAGUCAGUCUUCUAGACAGAGAAGAAGUGGCUCUGGGUCUGGACAGUCUUCUCAUUUAGGGGAAUAUGGUUCUACAUCGGGACACUCUUCUGGCUCCACAGGGCAAGGAUAUGGGCAAGGACAGUCAUCUGGUACUGGACAAUGUGGUACUUCUUCAGGACAUUCAUCAAGCGGCAGCUCAGGUCAGUCCACUACCUAUGGCAAGCAUGGAUCAGGAGUGAGCCAGUCUUCCAGAAACAGCAGUAGCAGAUCAAGCUCUAGGGAGUCUUGCAACUCCCAGAACUAUGGGUCUGGCACAGGAGGGUCUUCUGGCUUUAGUCAACAUGCAUCUGGGCAAGGUCAGUCUUCUGGUGGUAGCCAACAGGGUUCCUUCUCUGGACAUGGACAACAUGGCUCUGGUUAUGGUCAGUCAUCCAGCUAUGGGACACACAACUCAGGGGCAAGUCAGUCUUCUAGCCAGCGUACAAGUGGAUCUAGGUCAGGACAGUCUUGUGGCUCAGGGAAAUAUGGUUCUGCAUCCGGAAACUCUUCUGGCUCUGGUAUGCAAGGAUCUGGACAAGGUCAUUCUUCUGGUAAUACACAGCAUGGCACAACAUCAAGACAGUCAACAAGCUUUGGCUCAGGUCAGUCCUCUCUCUCUGGCAAGCAUGGAUCAACUUCACGUCAUUCAUCGAGCCAAGAAAGGAACAGGUCUAGCUCAAGGGAGUCUUGUGGCUCCCAACAAUCUGGGUCUGGCUCAGGAGGGACUUCUGGCUUUAAUCACCAUGCAUCUGGUCAAGGUCAGUCUUCUGGUGGUAGCCAACAGGGUUCUUUCUCUGGACAGUCAGGAGGUAGUCAUCAGCACAGCUCUUCCUGUGGUCAUUCCACUAGCUAUGGUCAGCAUGGCACUGGCUCUGGUCAGUCUUCCAGCAGUGGGACACACAAGUCAGGUUCAAGUCAGUCUUCUAGACAGAGCAGAAGUGGCUCUGGGUCUGGACAGUCUUCUCAUUUAGGGGAAUAUGGUUCUACAUCGGGACACUCUUCUGGCUCCACAGGGCAAGGAUAUGGGCAAGGACAGUCAUCUGGUACUGGACAAUGUGGUUCUUCUUCAGGACAUUCAUCAAGUGGCAGCUCAGGUCAGUCCACUACCUAUGGCAAGCAUGGAUCAGGAGUGAGCAAGUCUUCCAGAAACAGCAGAAGCAGGUCAAGCUCAAGGGAGUCUUGCAGCUCCCAGAACUAUGGGUCUGGCACAGGAGGGUCUUCUGGCUUUAGUCAACAUGCAUCUGGGCAAAGUCAGUAUUCUGGUGGUAGCCAACAGGGUUCCUCCUCUGGACAAUCAGGAGGUAGUCAUCAGCACAGCUCUUCCUGUGGUCAUUCAACUAGCCAUGGUCAGCAUGGCACUGGCUCUGGUCAGUCUUCCAGCAGUGGGACACACAAGUCUGGUUCAAGUCAGUCUUCUAGACAGAGCAGAAGUGGCUCUGGGUCUGGACAGUCUUCUCAUUUAGGGGAAUAUGGUUCUACAUCGGGACACUCUUCUGGCUCGACAGGGCAAGGAUAUGGGCAAGGACAGUCAUCUGGUACUGGACAAUGUGGUACUUCUUCAGGACAUUCAUCAAGCGGCAGCUCAGGUCAGUCCACUACCUAUGGCAAGCAUGGAUCAGGAGUGAGCCAGUCUUCCAGAAACAGCAGUAGGAGAUCAAGCUCUAGGGAGUCUUGCAGCUCCCAGAACUAUGGGUCUGGCACAGGAGGGUCUUCUGGCUUUAGUCAACAUGCAUCUGGGCAAGGUCAGUCUUCUGGUGGUAGCCAACAGGGUUCCUUCUCUGGACAUGGACAACAUGGCUCUGGUUAUGGUCAGUCAUCCAGCUAUGGGACACACAACAAAGGGGCAAGUCAGUCUUCUAGCCAGCGCACAAGUGGAUCUAGGACAGGACAGUCUUGUGGUUCAGGGAAAUAUGGUUCUGCAUCUGGAAACUCUUCUGGCUCUGGUAUGCAAGGAUCUGGACAAGGUCAUUCUUCUGGUAAUACACAGCGUGGCACAACAUCAAGACAGUCAUCAAGCUUUGGCUCAGGUCAGUCCUCUCUCUCUGGCAAGCAUGGAUCAACUUCACGUCAUUCAUCGAGCCAAGAAAGGAACAGGUCUAGCUCAAGGGAGUCUUGUGGCUCCCAACAAUCUGGGUCUGGCUCAGGAGGGACUUCUGGCUUUAAUCAACAUGCAUCUGGCCAAGGUCAGUCUUCUGGUGGUAGCCAACAGGGUUCCUUCUCUGGACAGUCAGGAGGUAGUCAUCAGCACAGCUCUUCCUGUGGUCAUUCCACUAGCUAUGGUCAGCAUGGCACUGGCUCUGGUCAGUCUUCCAGCAGUGGGACACACAAAUCAGGUUCAAGUCAGUCUUCUAGACAGAGAAGAGGGGGCUCUGGGUCUGGACAGUCUUCUCAUUUAGGUGGAUAUGGUUCUACAUCGGGACACUCUUCUGGCUCGACAGGACAAGGAUAUGGGCAAGGACAGUCAUCUGGUACUGGACAAUGUGGUUCUUCUUCAGGACAUUCAUCAAGCGGCAGCUCAGGUCAGUCCACUACCUAUGGCAAGCAUGGAUCAGGAGUGAGCCAGUCUUCCAGAAACAGCAGAAGCAGGUCAAGCUCAAGGGAGUCUUGCAGCUCCCAGAACUAUGGGUCUGGCACAGGAGGGUCUUCUGGCUUUAGUCAACAUGCAUCUGGGCAAAGUCAGUAUUCUGGUGGUAGCCAACAGGGUUCCUCCUCUGGACAAUCAGGAGGUAGUCAUCAGCACAGCUCUUCCUGUGGUCAUUCAACUAGCCAUGGUCAGCAUGGCACUGGCUUUGGUCAGUCUUCCAGCAGUGGGACACACAAGUCAGGUUCAAGUCAGUCUUCUAGACAGAGCAGAAGUGGCUCUGGGUCUGGACAGUCUUCUCAUUUAGGGGAAUAUGGUUCUACAUCGGGACACUCUUCUGGCUCCACAGGGCAAGGAUAUGGGCAAGGACAGUCAUCUGGUACUGGACAAUGUGGUACUUCUUCGGGACAUUCAUCAAGCGGCAGCUCAGGUCAGUCCACUACCUAUGGCAAGCAUGGAUCAGGAGUGAGCCAGUCUUCUAGAAACAGCAGAAGCAGGUCAAGCUCAAGGGAGUCUUGCAGCUCCCAGAACUAUGGGUCUGGCACAGGAGGGUCUUCUGGCUUUAGUCAACAUGCAUCUGGGCAAAGUCAGUAUUCUGGUGGUAGCCAACAGGGUUCCUCCUCUGGACAAUCAGGAGGUAGUCAUCAGCACAGCUCUUCCUGUGGUCAUUCAACUAGCCAUGGUCAGCAUGGCACUGGCUCUGGUCAGUCUUCCAGCAGUGGGACACACAAGUCUGGUUCAAGUCAGUCUUCUAGACAGAGCAGAAGUGGCUCUGGGUCUGGACAGUCUUCUCAUUUAGGGGAAUAUGGUUCUACAUCGGGACACUCUUCUGGCUCGACAGGGCAAGGAUAUGGGCAAGGACAGUCAUCUGGUACUGGACAAUGUGGUACUUCUUCAGGACAUUCAUCAAGCGGCAGCUCAGGUCAGUCCACUACCUAUGGCAAGCAUGGAUCAGGAGUGAGCCAGUCUUCCAGAAACAGCAGUAGCAGAUCAAGCUCUAGGGAGUCUUGCAACUCCCAGAACUAUGGGUCUGGCACAGGAGGGUCUUCUGGCUUUAGUCAACAUGCAUCUGGGCAAGGUCAGUCUUCUGGUGGUAGCCAACAGGGUUCCUUCUCUGGACAUGGACAACAUGGCUCUGGUUAUGGUCAGUCAUCCAGCUAUGGGACACACAACUCAGGGGCAAGUCAGUCUUCUAGCCAGCGUACAAGUGGAUCUAGGUCAGGACAGUCUUGUGGCUCAGGGAAAUAUGGUUCUGCAUCUGGAAACUCUUCUGGCUCUGGUAUGCAAGGAUCUGGACAAGGUCAUUCUUCUGGUAAUACACAGCGUGGCACAACAUCAAGACAGUCAUCAAGCUUUGGCUCAGGUCAGUCCUCUCUCUCUGGCAAGCAUGGAUCAACUUCACGUCAUUCAUCGAGCCAAGAAAGGAACAGGUCUAGCUCAAGGGAGUCUUGUGGCUCCCAACAAUCUGGGUCUGGCUCAGGAGGGACUUCUGGCUUUAGUCAACAUGCAUCUGGGCAAAGUCAGUAUUCUGGUGGUAGCCAACAGGGUUCCUUCUCUGGACAAUCAGGAGGUAGUCAUCAGCACAGCUCUUCCUGUGGUCAUUCAACUAGCCAUGGUCAGCAUGGCACUGGCUCUGGUCAGUCUUCCAGCAGUAGGACACACAAGUCAGGUUCAAGUCAGUCUUCUAGACAGAGCAGAAGUGGCUCUGGGUCUGGACAGUCUUCUCAUUUAGGUGAAUAUGGUUCUACAUCGGGACACUCUUCUGGCUCCACAGGGCAAGGAUAUGGGCAAGGACAGUCAUCUGGUACUGGACAAUGUGGUUCUUCUUCAGGACAUUCAUCAAGCGGCAGCUCAGGUCAGUCCACUACCUAUGGCAAGCAUGGAUCAGGAGUGAGCCAGUCUUCCAGAAACAGCAGAAGCAGGUCAAGCUCUAGGGAGUCUUGCAGCUCCCAGAACUAUGGGUCUGGCACAGGAGGGUCUUCUGGCUUUAGUCAACAUGCAUCUGGGCAAGGUCAGUCUUCUGGUGGUAGCCAACAGGGUUCCUUCUCUGGACAUGGACAACAUGGCUCUGGUUAUGGUCAGUCAUCCAGCUAUGGGACACACAACUCAGGGGCAAGUCAGUCUUCUAGCCAGCGUACAAGUGGAUCUAGGUCAGGACAGUCUUGUGUCUCAGGGAAAUAUGGUUCUGCAUCUGGAAACUCUUCUGGCUCUGGUAUGCAAGGAUCUGGACAAGGUCAUUCUUCUGGUAAUACACAGCGUGGCACAACAUCAAGACAGUCAUCAAGCUUUGGCUCAGGUCAGUCCUCUCUCUCUGGCAAGCAUGGAUCAACUUCACGUCAUUCAUCGAGCCAAGAAAGGAACAGGUCUAGCUCAAGGGAGUCUUGUGGCUCCCAACAAUCUGGGUCUGGCUCAGGAGGGACUUCUGGCUUUAGUCAACAUGCAUCUGGGCAAAGUCAGUAUUCUGGUGGUAGCCAACAGGGUUCCUUCUCUGGACAAUCAGGAGGUAGUCAUCAGCACAGCUCUUCCUGUGGUCAUUCAACUAGCCAUGGUCAGCAUGGCACUGGCUCUGGUCAGUCUUCCAGCAGUAGGACACACAAGUCAGGUUCAAGUCAGUCUUCUAGACAGAGCAGAAGUGGCUCUGGGUCUGGACAGUCUUCUCAUUUAGGUGAAUAUGGUUCUACAUCGGGACACUCUUCUGGCUCCACAGGGCAAGGAUAUGGGCAAGGACAGUCAUCUGGUACUGGACAAUGUGGUUCUUCUUCAGGACAUUCAUCAAGCGGCAGCUCAGGUCAGUCCACUACCUAUGGCAAGCAUGGAUCAGGAGUGAGCCAGUCUUCCAGAAACAGCAGAAGCAGGUCAAGCUCUAGGGAGUCUUGCAGCUCCCAGAACUAUGGGUCUGGCACAGGAGGGUCUUCUGGCUUUAGUCAACAUGCAUCUGGGCAAGGUCAGUCUUCUGGUGGUAGCCAACAGGGUUCCUUCUCUGGACAUGGACAACAUGGCUCUGGUUAUGGUCAGUCAUCCAGCUAUGGGACACACAACUCAGGGGCAAGUCAGUCUUCUAGCCAGCGUACAAGUGGAUCUAGGUCAGGACAGUCUUGUGGCUCAGGGAAAUAUGGUUCUGCAUCUGGAAACUCUUCUGGCUCUGGUAUGCAAGGAUCUGGACAAGGUCAUUCUUCUGGUAAUACACAGCGUGGCACAACAUCAAGACAGUCAUCAAGCUUUGGCUCAGGUCAGUCCUCUCUCUCUGGCAAGCAUGGAUCAACUUCACGUCAUUCAUCGAGCCAAGAAAGGAACAGGUCUAGCUCAAGGGAGUCCUGUGGCUCCCAACAAUCUGGGUCUGGCUCAGGAGGGACUUCUGGCUUUAAUCAACAUGCAUCUGGCCAAGGUCAGUCUUCCAGUGGUAGCCAACAGGGUUCCUUCUCUGGACAGUCAGGAGGUAGUCAUCAGCACAGCUCUUCCUAUGGUCAUUCAACUAGCCAUGGUCAGCAUGGCACUGCCUCUGGUCAGUCUUCCAGCAGUGGGACACACAAGUCUGGUUCAAGUCAGUCUUCUAGACAGAGCAGAAGUGGCUCUAGGUCAGGACCGUCUUCUCAUUUAGGGGAAUAUGGUUCUACAUCGGGACACUCUUCUGGCUCCACAGGGCAAGGAUAUGGGCAAGGACAGUCAUCUGGUACUGGACAAUGUGGUACUUCUUCAGGACAUUCAUCAAGCGGCAGCUCAGGUCAGUCCACUACCUAUGGCAAGCAUGGAUCAGGAGUGAGCCAGUCUUCCAGAAACAGCAGUAGCAGAUCAAGCUCUAGGGAGUCUUGCAGCUCCCAGAACUAUGGGUCUGGCACAGGAGGGUCUUCUGGCUUUAGUCAACAUGCAUCUGGGCAAGGUCAGUCUUCUGGUGGUAGCCAACAGGGUUCCUUCUCUGGACAUGGACAACAUGGCUCUGGUUAUGGUCAGUCAUCCAGCUAUGGGACACACAACUCAGGGGCAAGUCAGUCUUCUAGCCAGCGUACAAGUGGAUCUAGGUCAGGACAGUCUUGUGGCUCAGGGAAAUAUGGUUCUGCAUCUGGAAACUCUUCUGGCUCUGGUAUGCAAGGAUCUGGACAAGGUCACUCUUCUCGUAGUACACAGAGUGGUACAUCAUCAAGACAGUCAUCGAGCCAUGAAAGGAACAGGUCUAGCUCAAGGGAGUCUUGUGGCUCCCAACAAUCUGGGUCUGGCUCAGGAGGUUCUUCUGGCUUUAGUCAACAUGCAUCUGGGCAUGGUCACUCUUCUCUUAGUGGGCAACAGCAUUCCUCGUGUGGACAGUCAUGUGUCAGUGGUCAGCAUGAAUCUAGCACUUCUUCCUCAUCUAGCAAUGGGCAAAGUUGUUCACCAUCCAGACAAAUACCAUUUUCCAGGCCUCCCCAUUGUAGCUCACGUCAGUCACCUAAAUGUGAUCAGCAUGUUUCUACUUCCUGGCAGUCCUCUAGCUAUGACCACCAAAGGCCUGGGUCAUAUCAUUCUUCCUCCUGUAGUAGUCAGGGGAAUACCUGUGGAGAUUCUUCCAACUUUGGCCAGUAUGGAUCUGGCUCAGUUAAUUGUUCUGGCUAUGGUAAUCAAAUAUCUAGUUCAUGUCAGUCUACUUACCCCCACUAUGGAUCUAAUAUAAAUCAAUCUUCUAGCUACGGACAGUCAUAUUCUCAUGGUCAGUGCAGAUCUAAUUCAAACCAAUCUUCCUGCUGUGGUCAACAAGGGUCUGGUUCAAGUCAGUCUUCUAACUAUGGCCAAUAUGAAUGUCCCUCGAGUCAUUAUUCUAGCCAGAGAAUACCUGCGGCUGGGUGUAAUCAGGGUUUUAGCUCUGAACAAUAUGGGUCUUGUUCAUAUCCCUCUUCUAUCUCUACUCAAAAUUGUCCCAGAACUGGUCUGUGUCCUAGUUCACAACAAUACAGGUCUGAUUCACGUAACUCAUUUAGCUCUGGAUCAUGUGGUUCUGGAUAUGACCAAUAUUCUAGUUAUGAGCAACCUCAAUCAUAUGGGAGAUGUGGAAACCACUUGGAAUGUGGAAACCCCUCAAUUUGUAAUGAAAACCAACCAAUAAGUGUGUAUAGGCAAGUAGAAACCUCCUCAGCUUGUGACUUUGGACAAUUUACACCUCCACGUGGACACAGUAGAUCCCAUACUACUGGACAAUUGUCACUUUACAAUGCGGACAAUAGACAAGGUGACCCUGACUAUCAGAGCAUCAGGGAAGGAAACUCUGGAAUGAGAAAUAUAGGCUUGGGUUCUUACAGUUUCAAUAGCAGCACUCCCCUUUAUGAGUAUGUCCAAGAGCAGAGAUGUUAA